GCAUUAACGGAGUUAUUAAUGUGACGGGGAAAUUUCGGAUUCUGUGUAAUAAUGUGUAAACUUUCAUUAAUGACACCCCCGCGAAGACAGGCAGCACCUUGCCUGUGCGCGAAGGCUGGGUCGCUGACGCAGGCGUGCGGCCAGUCCCGACCCACAGGUAGGGAUCACACAGCACAGUCCCGGCUCCAUACUGACACGCUCUGCCGCAGCGCCUUUCCCCAUCCAGUACGGCCGGCGGGAUAAGACCAGCUGGCGGCGCAUUGCUACCUGGAUCUUGGACCGAUUACAACGCGCCCCGCAGCGGCGUCCACGGCGAGCUGGCCGUGCGCUCAGAUGUGCCCGGACGGCGGGGACUUCCUGGUGUGGGAUCGAUGGGAAUUUUCGCCUCUGGUUUGAAAGGGGGACAAAACAAACUCUCUGGACGAUGUGCAGGAGGCGGGCGCGGGCGCUGUAGAUCAAGGUCAUGACUGCCUCCAGGAGUGGACCUGUGACCAACAAGCUCACCUGUAUUGAACUUCGCCUGUGCCCUGGGCUCCCACCAUGAGUUCUGAGGCAGAGCAGGAUGCAGUGAUAAAGCUUGAACAAGAGCGGGCAGAGAUUGUGGCCAAAUAUGAUAAGGGCAAAGAUGGCACUGAAGUGGAACCAUGGGAAGAUGCAAACUUCCGUCUGUACAAGGUCAUCGAUAGGUUUGGCUUCCUACAUGAGAUCGAACUUCCAUCCUUUGACUCUAUGGAAGAAAAGCAAAAGCACCUGGAAAUGGACAGAACGACAAAAUGGCUGAAGAUGUUGAAGAGCUGGGAUAAAUAUAAGAAUACGGAGAAGUUGGUGAAAAGGGUCUACAAGGGCAUCCCACUGCAGCUCCGGGGUGAGGUCUGGGGCCUCCUGCUGGACGUGCCCAAGAUGAAGGCAGAUAAGAAAGAUUAUUAUGAGAAACUGAAGGUCAAAGCCCGAGCAAUAUCCCCCGACAUCCGGCAGAUCGACCUGGAUGUGAAUCGCACGUACCGCGACCACAUCAUGUUUAUGAACCGCUACGACGUCAAGCAGCAAGCUCUGUUCCAUGUCCUCACAGCCUACUCGGUUUACAAUACAGAAGUCGGCUACUGCCAGGGUAUGAGUCAGAUCACCGCCCUGCUGCUCAUCUACAUGAACGAGGAGGACGCCUUCUGGGCGCUGGUCAAGCUGUUAUCCGGGCAGAAGCACGCCAUGCACGGGUUCUUUGUUCCUGGCUUCCCCAAGCUGCUGAGGUUCCAGGAGCACCAUGACCACGUCCUGAAAAAGAUGCUGCCCAAGCUGAAGCAGCAUUUGGACAGUCAAGAAGUGUUUACCAGUUUGUACACCAUGAAGUGGUUCUUUCAGUGUUUCCUAGACAGAGCCCCAUUCACGCUGACGCUCAGAUUGUGGGAUAUCUACAUCCUGGAAGGGGAGCGGGUGCUGACAGCCAUGUCCUACGCGAUCCUGAAGAUCCACAGAAAGCAGCUGUUGAAGUUGUCCAUGGAGGAGCUGGUGGAGUUCCUGCAGAUCACCCUGUCCAAAGACUUCCUCAUGGAGGACGACGCUGUUAUCGAGCAGCUGCAGAACUGCAUGUCUGAACUGCGGCGGGCCAAGCUGGAGCUGCCCACGCCCGGUAAAGAGGAGGAAUUUCCCAAGAAGCCGCUGGGUCAGCUCCCGCCUGAUUCCACCAUCGAGCACCUAGUCAACGGUCAGAGCCACCGUGGUAAAGCUGAGAGUGAGCAGAAAGCAGUCGGCGUCUCCCCGGAGAAGAUCCCGGAAGCGAGUUCGGUGGCUGGGUCUGAAGCCGGUCCGGGGACAGAUGAGGGUGCGCGGACGGGACCGGAGGCAGUCGCGAAGGCAGAGCCGGAGCAGCAGAGGCAAGGCCGGCCCAACAGCAAGGCCAGGAGGGACUCGCUCGAGAGGAUGGUGCGACAGCACAGGAGUGAGAAGGAGGCGCGGUCCCGGGCAUCGGGAGAGGCAGAAGCCCCAAAGCCUCCAUCGAUGCCCAUCUCUACUACUACUACUACUACUACUACUACUACUACUACUACUACUACUACACCAGCACAGAAUGGACCGAGCAGUACUCCCGCCACGGCCAACGGAGUGACCAACACUCGCGUCCGAGAUAUCACCCCACGCUGGGUGAAGCCCUCUGAGACCAAGCUUGAAGCAGCUAUGUCAGCCGGCACUGAGCACAGCAAGCGCCACGGGGUGUUCUACAGCCAGAGCAGCACACCGUCACGCUCUCCCUCCGUCCUGGACGAAAGCCAGUUCUUUCAGCGACAGACCCGGCUACGGUCCAGCGGUUUUGCAUCCGAAUCCAACAGGGGCUCCAACGGCUCACAGUAUGACAACGUCCCAGGUUCGGAGAUUAACGUCGUGGAGAUCCCGCGACCCCAGAUCCUGCAUGGUGAGGCACAGCUGAGGCAGGGCCCAAUCUGGACCGGUGGCACUACAAUCAGAGCCAGCACUGGCCAACAGAGGCUUGGGCUGCCUCUGGACAAUGUGGGCCCUGGACCCAUGGGUCAAACUCCUCGGCACAUCCCCAGCAGUCCCCGGCGGUACCACGGUGCUCCAGUGCUGCAGGACUCUCGACGGGACGGGCGUUCUUUGGAGUACAGCGCCUCCAUGAAGUACCACCCUGCAGAGCGUCCGCACAGGAUGAAUCCAGCACCCCUGGAAGCCAUGCCCCCAGAGCAGCAUCAGUAUGGCACUAACCUGCACGUGCCCACCAGCUUCUCACCUGACCAGGUCCUUGCCAACAGUUCCUACACUACUUAUCGGCAUCCAUCUCCCCCACACGCUAGUCACGCAGCAAGGAUUCCUAUGGGACAGAGUGCACAUGCGCAGCCGGACGGUACUCUUGCCUACUCAAGAGCGCCCCCUAGGGUGACUAAUGCACCCGUUUACCUUCUGCCCCACAGUGGACAUGAGGCCUCCAGGAGGGCAGACCGGCUGCCCUCUCACUGGGAGGAACAGCAGCACAGGGGCUGGGGGUUGCAGUGGGGACCUGCACAUGACGUUUUACACCACCGGGGGAAUAUUCCCAGAUCUCCCAGCUUCCACAAGGCACAGCUGUCCCCCCAUGAGGAGUUUUCCUACCCUCCUAGCCCAGACAGACUCCACCACUUCAGGACACAUUAUCAGGAGCAGCAGAUUUUGCCGAGGCAGCAGCUCCCUCCAGUGUUCGGAGGCCCACACUACAGGCACCCCGCAGAAGCCUUUGCCAUGCAGGAGACAAUGCUACUCUGAAGAAAGGGAUGUAAGGCAGAACUAAUUGACUUGAAUCAUCAAACACACAUUUUGAUUUUUUUAUUAUUUUCUUUUUUGUUUUCUGUGACUGACCCUGAGUCAAAAUCAUGUGACACCGGACACCCACCCCCAAAAACGUUUUGGAAGUCAGCUGAAACUUUUGAAAAUCAGCUGGAAAUUUGUAUUCUGUUGUCGUAUUGUUAACAGCAGAUGAGCUUUGAGCUCAGUUGAGUUCAUUGUAAACUGAGUUUUACCCUCUGAGCUGUGAAAAAUCUGCACCCCCCCCCCACACACACAGUGUGUCGAUGUUUACUCUGGGAGUGAGAAAUACAAAUGACUUCUGAAAUGUUAAUUUUUUUUUUUUUUUGACAUCCAAAUUUAUUUAGAAUUUUCUUCUCUAUAAUAUGCUUGUGAAUUUGAAGGUGAGUCUCUCCUGAAUAGCAAAUAUUAAGUAACAUGGCAGAAAAAUAGAUACUGUUUUCGUUCUUUCAUUCAGACCUGCUAGGCACUACCACCGGAGUGGAGUACGGUCAUCGCAUGUCCUUUGCUCUAGCUGGCACUGUCUGGUGCUUCUCUGGAAUCAGCAGGCUGAGUGGCUUUUGCACGUCUGCAGGAACCUCCACAUCCAGACAUCGGACCCUUGGGUGGGGGUGGACAGAGAAACCCCAUAUUUUGUCUUUUCCAAAACCCCUUUUAUUUCCCUGUGAUGUGCAGGGCAUUAUGGGAAAGAGUACAGUUACCAGCAUUUUGGGUCUUUAUUGAUCCCGACUUGGACUAACAUGCCUGCUUCAGGGGUGACGUGUAAGGAUGGGGUUACAUACCAGCUCAGGACUCGUGGCACUACUAAAUAAACGCUAGCGGCUGUGGAGAAACCGCAGCCUGAAGUCGGUCCCUGUUUCACUGACUCGCUUUCAAAGGUGCUACACUUCAACAGUUUGGGCAACAUUGGGACGCUAGUAUUUAGCUGCUGAGAAAAUGUUACCUCAAUAUUUUGGGCAAGGAACGCUAAUCCAUGGUUAGUUUUUAUUAUCGUGGGAGAUGUUGACUAGCAUUCUUUUUCAAUGUGCUAUAUAUUUGGGGGUUUUUUUUUAUGUGCGCAAAGGAUCAGUUGAAGUGUGAGUAUGCUUAACUGCAUCUUUUGAGGUUGAAGAUGAAUGUAAAGCAAGCAAUUCAGGAUUGCUGCUUAUGAAAGAUCAGAGACCAUUUAUUCCUGUGGUCCCCAUAAGGAGGUCAGUCAGAAGAGUCUGUGAUUCCCAGCUGCAAAUUGGGUCCCACGUGAAAUAUUACCUUGCUGGCAUUGCUACAGAGAUUGUGUUGCUCCUGUAGAUUAGUUGGGUGGCCUACAGAGGGCGCUGUGGAGCUCACAGUGCCAUGCACAGCCCUCCCCUUGGUAGCAGUGUCGUUUGUAUGAGCAGAAUCGCCUUGUUUCUGAUUCCUACCUUCCCAGUAGGUUAUAGUGGACGGGAACAAGUCGAGUGCAGAUUAAUGAACCAGGAAAACUAUGCCGCUGACUUUGUCCCGCAUCUCCACCACUGGCCCAUUACACUGUCUAUUUUGCAUGUUUAUUGUAGACACGCGUGUCUCGGGUUUGGUUUCACGACCGACUCACUGCUGUAUCCACACUUACUGUCCCCCGCUGACGUAGGUCUUCCUUCCACAGGCUCACAAACCAAAGUCUAUGUUUCUUUGGAAAAUUGCUCUGGACAGUUUUCACUUUGGGGCAGAAAGAUGCAAACCACAGUGGUGGGUCUGCACUUGUAUAUAACGACUAUAAAAAACUGUUCGUUUUUUUUUUUUUUUCUCAGUUCAUUUUGGCAAUUUUUAUUUUUAAUAUAUGACUUGUGUUUGCCGGGAAUGUUGCUGAACACCCUGGUCCUUGUGUGCUCUUUACUAAUAAUCCAGGUCGACUUGUUUUCAAAGGGCAUUAGUUGAUCUUUUUUCUUUUUUUUUUUCCCUGAGAUGUAACUGACAGAAUUUCUGAGUGAUUUCUGUAUUUAAAAGCAGAGAACUCUGGCUCCUCUCUACUCAGAUGCAAUUUAUGGGCCACAAACCUAUUUCCACUGUGACUUGCAAAUGUUCCUCCUUUUAUAGUCGGUGUGUGACUACUGUACUGUCUGGUUUUAAAGCGACACGCACCAAGGGCAGGGCUGUUCUGGAUUACUGGGUGAAACUGAUGCACUCAUUGGCUGGCUGGAUGGAAUCUUGCCAACUUAUUACCUUGCAUGAAAGCUACUUUGGGGCUUGAUUUGUACAUUCUUCAGGUAAAUCUCCAUUUACGCAUGUUUGCAAUAGCGUUAUGUUAAAGGACCAUCACCGUUCUGCUCUCCUUGGUUAGCCAGAGUGACCAGGCAUUUCACUUACAAAUCCCCUUUUCUGAAUAUGAAACAUAUUACUUAUGAAUACUGUUGCCUAAUCAAUAAAAAAAAACCUUUACUGUA